AUCUUGCCUGUAAACCCUUGGCCUUUCCCGCGGUGUCCCGCCCCUUCCCCUCCCCCUUUUCCUGUACCCUCCUUAUUUUCCUUUCCUUCUCCCUCCCCCCUUUGAUUUUUCCCAAUCUAGGCGCCGUGAGCUCUGGUAAUCUUACUACAGGUGCAUUAGCCCGGCCUUAUGAAAGGCUGUAAAAUUUAACCGCUCAUGUUGCAGCCGUCGCCGCCUUUCUGCUGGGGGACCCGGCCUAGACUGCUACUCAGUGACCUUUGGGGCUCAUCGGAGGUAAUCGGGAGUUUGGCCAGGGAAAAUUCCAUGGGAGCAGGGUCUUUGUUUUGUUCACUGCUGUAUCCCCGGCACCAAGGAUAGUGCUCAGCAUUAGAAGGAGCUCAAACAGAAUAUUUUAAGUAAAAGAAUGAUAGCAGUGUGACUCCACCUCGAUCACCAGAAGCUUUGGAACUCCUACACAAAGCAGUCUGCACACCAAGCCUCAUUUAAAACAAUUCAAUGAGAAUAUCCUAAUGCUGCACCUCACAGCUAUUAGUUUGUUUGCCUCCAAUACAACAGCAACACCUCAGGCUGUGGAAGAAGUGACCCCAGUCAGGAGAGCAGGAGCUACCUUCAUUGCAGACACAUCACUCCACUUCAGAUAUUUCCCACCUCUAAAUUGGAGAAGGAAAUAUGUCAUUCACUCUAAGUAAAAGAGAAAACGAUAAGGAGGAUGACGUGACAUCAUUUACUCUAAUUAAGGGAGAGAAUGAUAAGGAGGAAAAGUUUGAAGACGCCUAUGAAUUUAUCCCUGUGGCAACAACAAUGAAUCUAGUAUCUUCCCUGGAAGAAUGCACAACUGGACUGUAUUUAUUUCUGAAUAACAGAUUCUCAGACGCCAUAAAUCUCAUUCAUCCAUGGUCAAAAAACAGCAUAUACCAUGCUCUACUUUAUAGUAUCCUUACGGUUGUCAAGGGCAUCUUGACUUUUGAUCCAGAGGAUAUACAGAAUGGAACGACUGCUGCCCAAGAAGCUUUGAAAACCUGUCACAGUUUCCGAAGAAAAUCCAGAAUGAUAAGUUUUUCUCAUCUAGUAAGUAAACAGGGAAUAAAGGCAAUCAGAGAAGAGGAAUUGCAUGCAGAAGUCUGCUAUGCUGAGUGUUUGAUCUUGAAAGCCACUAUAACAUUUAUACAGGAGGACAGUGUGCUUAAUUUUCUUAAAAGUGGGAUCAGCGUUGGGUCAAGUUAUCAAAUAUACAAAGACUGUCAACAAGUAUUAACACAUUUACCUAACCACCAAAGCAAAACCCACAGACAUCUGGUUGGAGGAAUAAAAUUUGGACUUGGAGCAUUCAAUUUGAUAUUAUCACUUGUGCCACCAAAGACACUCAAAAUACUCAAUAUGGUCGGAUAUUCUGGUGAUAGAGAGUUAGGCUUGACUUUGCUUAAUGAGAGUGCAUCUGAAUCCCAUUUAAAUAAUAUCUUAAGUCUGUUGACUCUACUCUUUUAUUACAGUUAUAUCCAUGUAGCUUUUGGUGUUGAAAAGGGUCACAGUUCUGCUAUAGAAGAUCUCUUUCUAAUCUACCUUCAGAAAUUUCCAAAGUGUGUCAUACUUAAAUUUUUUCAGGCACGUUUUAGUAUGCUGAAAGGAAAUUUUGAAAAUGCACAAUUAGCUUUAGAGGAGUGCAUUUUUCUCCAGAAUGAAUGGAAGCAGAUUCAUCACCUCUGUUACUGGGAACUCAUGUGGUGUCACAUUUUUCUGCAGGAUUGGAAGCACGCUUACUACUAUGCCGAUCUACUGUUUCACCACAGCAGGUGGUCCAAGACAAUGUAUUUGUACAGUAAAGCUGUACUACUGGCCUUGUUUCCGUCUGAUUUUGUGAAAUCGCUAGGUGAGGAUAUGAACUCUCUCUUCAUAAAAGUGGAUAGCCUGAAAGCCAAAAUUUUAGGAACUUCUGUGCCAAUUGAAAAGUUUGUUGCUGAGAAGGGCCAGCGCUAUGGUACUACCACAGGCUGGUUUACAGCACAGCCCCUUCUGGAAUUCAUUUAUGCCUGGAGUGGUUUCCGAAUCAUGAGCAAAAAACUAGGCCUUAUCAAAAGCUGGCUUUCAAUAAUUGACAAAGGCGAAGAACUUUUACGAGAACAUCCAAAUAAAGAGUAUGGCACAGAUGACAUAAGUUUCCUAAAUUUACUGAAAGGUCUAUGUCUGAAACACUUAGGCAGAUAUUCCAUGGCUGAGGAGUACUUUAAUCGUGUCAUUCAAAAGGAAAAAUUGUUAAAAUAUGACCACUAUUUGGUGCCAUAUACUUACUAUGAACUGGGAGUUCUAUACUAUCUAAAAGGAGAUCAUGCCAAUGCGACAAAAAGCCUGGACAACAUAAAAAACUACAAAGACUAUUCCAUGGAAGCCCGAUUACAGUUUAGGGCUCACAUAGCCCUUGAACAAAUAGCUAAAGAAAAGUGAUUUAGACACAAAGUGUGGUUUUGUUUAUUAUGAAUGAAGUAUCUACAGUUAGCAAGGUAAUUAACAGGUAGGAAAAUCAUUUCAUUGUGGAAGAAAUCCAAGAAGAGGCGGCUGCUAAGAAUCUGACCAGUAACAAGUAAGAAAGGAAUUGGCCAUUACUUUUCCCCCUUUCCUUCUGCAUACAUAUAAAAUGGAAUGUCUUAGACUGGCAAAUGGAGUGAUGCACAUUCUUGAAAAAGAAAAGGCAAAUGAUGUACAUUAUAUACUCUCUUAUAUGUUAUAAAUUGAUCAAUUAUGUUAGAUAGCAUUGUCAAAAACUCAAAAAAUAUUUUUUACCAUCUCACUAGUAUACAACUUGCAAAUAAAAUAGGGAAAGUAGCUACACUAGGAAUCCCAGCCCCCUGUAAAUGUUUUGAUUUAAUUGUUAAAAGAAAGAAAAAAAGACUUUAAGGUCUUACUGACAUUUCAAAACAAUGAUACACUGAAUAGCAUAGACUGAAUGGUUUUCCCUCAUACACGAUAAUUUUCAUUGGCUUUUUAUACCAGAGAAGAUAUUUUCCCCCUGUGUGAUCAGUAGUACAUUUUACUUGUUUUCAUUGGGGAGCUCAAAAAAGGGUCUAUAAUUUGCCACAGGAUAGAGAAGAAAGGAGUCCUCCCCUUACACACACACACACACACACACACACACCCCUUCUGAAGAUAAUUGGAGGCGGCCAAGGAUGCACUGGGUAGAGAAAAAGAAGACUAGGCUGGUGGAGGGAGAGUUUAGUUACCAUAGCCUAGCUUAGUUGCUCUCCCUAACGUGCAAUUCCUAUUAAGACUUCAACAUAAUUAAACUGCUUGCAUCUAUCCUGUUGCGAUUGUUAGUGGGCUAACCUGAGAGCAGCUGUAUGUAGGGGGCUCCAUAUUGUUUUGCCUGCCUUAGGGAUAAAAUCAGUACCUAAUUUCCAGACCAUUAAGUCUGGCUGAGUGUAUCCUCCUUGCUGUCACUCUUGGAAACCGAAGUUCCUGGGAAAGUUUGGUUUGCUAAAACACAAGUGUAACACUUUCUCAUGCUUUGGCUGUGCAGACAACUAACUGAACCACAAUGAGGAGCUAGUAUUUCAGAUUUAGAAAUGCUUACUUUGAAAAACAUGCUCCUCAUUAAUUAAAAAUAGACCUUUAGGUGAACAAUUGUGGUUGAGUUAUUCCCCAUUAUUUAAUCAGUAUGGUAUAGUAGUUAAUUUAACCACUCUCGCCUGAUUACCUGGCUUUGUGUCCUAGCUCUGUCACUAACUAGCUAUGUGGACUUGGGCCUCUGUGCCUCAGUUUCCUUAGCUAUAAAAUAGGUAUAAUAAUAGUUCCUAUCUCCUGGUUUUUGUGUGUUAAUUAAGACAGAGUUAAUACACAUUUAUUAUUACUACUACUACUAGUAAGAAUUAUAAUACAUUGUUCUUCAGUGCAGAGGAUUUAAAUUAUUUUCUUGGGAAAAAACAAAGGUCUCUUUGUUACCUGCUUUGCCAAUCUAAAAUUUGACCUGUUAACUUGCUUUUUCUAUUCUUAGUUUAUCUUGGUCACUUAUGAAAUAAGUAACUCUCUGCCUAAAUUAUGGUUUUGU